AUGAACAAAAUUGAACAAUUUUAUACUGUAACUGAACAAGAUCAACAAGCUGCUCAUGAAUUAAUUCAGAAAUUAAAUGAAAAAUGUAAAGAAAAAGGAAAAACACGAAAAUCUGCAUCGAUUAGAAGAUCUGAUUAUAUUCAUCAACCUUCGGGAUUAGCUGUUUCAUCUUGGAAAAUGAAUGAUUGGGAUUAUAAAAAAUGGGAAGUUCUUACUCCUGCCAGAGGUCUGUUCACGAGACAGACUGAUGCACAUCGAUAUGAAAUUGUUAUACGUGGAUAUGAUAAAUUUUUUAAUAUUGACGAAGUAGGAAAAACAAAGUGGACUUCUAUUCUCGAAAACACAAAAGGUCCUUAUGAAGUUACCGCCAAAGAAAAUGGUUGUAUCAUUUUUAUUGGUGGUCUUCCCAAUGACCAAAUAAUAGUUACUAGUAAGCAUUCAAUGGGUGAACUUCAAAAUGUAGUUGCACAUGCUUUGAAAGGUGAAGAAUGGCUUGAUAUGCAUAUAGAACAAGUUGGGAAAAAUAAGCGAGAUCUGGCGAGAUUUUUAUACAUAAAUAAAUUAACAGCAGUAGCUGAGCUUUGUGAUGAUUCUUUUGAGGAACAUGUGUUACCAUAUACUUUUGAACGUCGCGGUCUCUACUUACAUGGAUUAAAUUAUAAUACUAUUGAUUUGAAAACUUGUCCUAGCGAAUAUGUUAAUGAAUUUGCAAAAGAGUGGGGCUUUAUCCCGAUAAUAUAUUAUAUCAAAAAUAGUCCUGAUGAGGUUAAGGAAUUUACUGACCGGGUCAAACAAGACGGUUCAUUGGAUGGAAGGCCAAUUGAAGGUUUUGUAGUACGGACAAGUCUAAAGUCUACUGGACAAGAUUUCUUCUUCAAAAUUAAAUAUGAUGAACCUUAUCUCAUGUAUCGUGAGUGGAGAGAGAUUACCAAAGCUCUUAUAAGUAAGAAGCAACCAAGAUAUAAAUAUAAUACCAGUAAACUUUAUAUUGAUUGGGUAAAAGAAAAAAUUCGAACCGAACCUGGCCUUUUCAAAGGGUAUCAACAGAAUCAUGGAAUUAUUCAUGUAAGAGACCUAUUCUUAGAACAUUUGAAUAAAGAAGGCAAAUCUCAAGAAGAUAUACCAGAAAAGAACGAAUCAUUUAGGAAAACUCUGUUAGUUCCCAUUGCGACUAUUGGGUGUGGUAAAACAACGAUCGCACAUGCACUUGCAUCAUUGUUUAACUUUGGUCAUGUACAAAACGAUAAUAUAACUGCAAGGAAUACACGUUUAGAAUUUCAUAAUAGCAUCAUAAGGGAAUUUGAAAAUAAUGAUGUUGUGUGUGCAGAUCGAAACAAUCACAUUCGGAUACUUCGCAGCACUUUGAUGGAAGCUGUUUCGAAAUCCUAUCCAAAUAUUCGCGUUAUUGCACUUUAUUGGAAUCACAAUAUUAGUCAUGAUGAGAUCCUCAAAAUAACUUCACAGCGUAUCGAACUACGUGGAGAUAAUCAUCAGUCACUUACACCAGAGAACCCUAAUUAUGAAGGCGUAAUUCGGAGCUUCUUGAAUGAUUUUGAGCCGCUAGAUAUUAAUAAUGAUGAGAAUUUUGAUCAUGUCAUUGACUUGGAUAUUCAAAAAGAUGUGAGAACUAAUCUUCUACAUGUUAUAGAAGAGCUACAUUCGAUACUUAAUAUAGAAAUGCCGGACAACUCAAAUAUUGACGCAGCUAUUGAAUCUGCAAUAAAUUAUAAACCCACCAUUCGUAAGCUUGUCGGCCAUAAAGGUUCAAAUCAAAAGAAAGCCUCGAAAUCCAACUUACCUCCACGGCCACGUAAGCCUCUUUAUUAUGGAAUCUCACUAGAAUACGAUUUUAAUAAAUUCCUGAAACAAUACUUCGAAGAACAUUCAAAUAUAGAUCCGAGGACUUUUAUAAAACUAAGUCAAAAAAACCGUAUUCCUAAUGAACAUCAUGUUACUCUUGUUUUCGGUGCAAAGAACAAAGUACUGUGGGAGGAAUACGAAGGAAUGUGUGAUCAACAGGUGCAGGUGUUUUUUGAUAAAUUAGUUUUCGACUCCCAUGUUAUGACACUAGUUGUCAAAAAAUUUGAACCUAUGUAUGUUAAAAGCACGAAUAAGGUGCCUCAUGUCACUAUUGGUACGGUCGACAGUUCAGUUAAACCUCGCGAGGCAAAUGAUAUGUUAGAACACGUUUUUGAUGACACAUCACAAGGAAAAAACAGGCAAAAAAGAGAGGAUAUAAAAGUUAUUUCUCUGGAUUCUGAUUUAAUAAUCUCGGGAAUUAUUAAAGCAUACUAUAAUUAG